CACCACCACAGCCACCACCACAGCCACCGAGCACAGCCACCACCACAGCCCAGGAGAUGCUCCCAGCCACGUCCAAGCUCUGUGCCGCCAUCUCCUACCGGCACCUGCGCAACAUGACCGGUCUGAGGAGACAAGCUGCUGUGGCCAUCAGCCAGGAGCUGAGCAGGCUCGCCUGCCGCAGCCCAGGACCCAGCUCCUGGAUCCACCAGGUGCGCAGGAGGAGCUCCUUGCUCAGCUCGAGGCUGGAGGAGAAGCCCUUCAGUGAGAUGGAAAUGUCUUACAUCAAACAAGGAGAGGAAGCCCUGCAGAAAUCCCUCAGAAUCCUGGAGGACCAGGACGGCUGGAAGACGGAGACGGUGGCGGGAAACGGAGACAAAGUGCUGAGCAAGGUGCUGCCGGACGUGGGGAAGGUGUUCCGGCUGGAGGUGGUGGUGGACCAGCCCCUGGACUCAGUGUACGGAGAGCUGGUGGACAACAUGGAGCAGAUGGGAGACUGGAACCCCAACGUCAAAGAAGUCAAGAUCCUGGAGAAGAUUGGGAAGGACACGGUGAUCACCCACGAGAAGGCAGCCCCGACCCCCGGGAACAUUGUUGGGCCCCGGGACUUCGUGAGCGUCCGGUGCUCCAAGAGACGCGGCUCCACCUGUGUCCUGGCCGGCAUGUCCACGACGUACGGAGCGAUGCCGGAGCAGGAGGGGUUCGUCAGGGCUGAGAAUGGUCCCACCUGCAUGGUCCUGCGCCCGCUGCCCGGCAGCCCCUCCCGGACCAGGCUGACCUGGCUGCUCAGCAUCGACCUCAAGGGCUGGCUGCCCAAGACCAUCAUCAACCAGGUCCUGUCCCAGACACAGGUGGACUUCGCCAAACACCUCCGGCAGCGCCUGGCCCGGCCUGUGACCUGCUGACCACGACCCGCCCACCACCCGGGGCAGGGCUUUGUUCAGGGGCAAACGGGGAGUCACUUUGAUCAGCCAAGGCCUUUAGCAGCAGACACCACUAAUUAAUAUGUGGCUUCAAUCAAUAAAUAUAAAGAUUUAUUUAUUGGAACUCAUUGUGGAAGUGCAGGACCAAAAAUUUUAAGUCCUACGUUUGCCUCACUGAGCAUGUGCUGGCCCAGCCAGGAACCUCUACCCUCCCUAAUUACUGUCACUGAAUAAAUAAAGCUUUAAUUAGUGGUGUCCCAGGCCUGGGCUCACUAGUUAUUUGGGAGGCCCCAGACAUCUGACUGGGAAGAUACAUCCUCAGUGAGGCAAACACGGGCCUGACUGAACCUCACCUUUUACUCCCCUAAAACUCAAACACAGCACUUAACUAACAAUUUUAUUCCCUCUCCCCCCCCAAAGCAGCUCUAAUUUAUUUUUCCUGUACAGACACAGACACAGUGUCAAAUUAUUUAUUCAUCCAAAAGCUCUAUAAUGAUGAUCAUUGGCAGCAGGCCCAGUGUAGUUCCUGUGAGCAGAUCUUCAGCUUGAGAGAUCUCCAAAUGUAGCUACUUUGAGUUUAAAUCUCACUUGUAACAAUUUACAAGACAAAAACAGAAUAAAAAGAGAGUUAAAGCCUUUAUUUUUAAA